GGGGCUUCACGGGACCGAUUACGCCCUCGACUACGGUGUCGGCACCACCACGCCCUUCUUGCUCAGCUGCCGCUACCUCGCCGAUUUGGCCACUGCACCAUCCGUGUUCCUUUGGCCGCUAAAAGGAAGAAUGGAAAAUCCAAGUGGCCUCAAUCCUCCAGUCCUUCCUACCAACCCUGCCACCAUGGAGACAGAGUUUGCAGAGUGGUCCUCGCUCCCAGCCGAGCUCAUCAACCGAAUUGCAGACUGCUUCCUGGCUACCAGUGAUCUUGACUACUACAUGGACUUCCGGGCUGUCUGUCAAAGCUGGCGCUCCGCCACCGACGACCCCAAGAAUACCUCGGACCCUCGCUUCCGCCCCCGCCAUUGGGUCAUCAUCGACAAGGUCUGCAAGAGUAAGACAUACCUCUUGGUGAACACAAUCACUGGCCGCUUCCUCCGCAAGGAACUCCCGGUGCUCCGCGACUAUUAUGUUCCCAUUUCCACCCGGGAUGGUCUCCUCAUUUUGAUGGACAUAAAAACCUACCAUACUGUGAGCGUCCUCAAUCCUUUCACAGGAUACUUGAUUCGUUUCGUUGCGCCCCUGUCUGACGAGUUUGUGGAGUCUGCAACUCUUCUCGCUGGUUCAUCACCCACACUUGUCCUGCUGUUAUGCAACAAGUUGUACUUUGAUAAUGACCCUGAGGGCUCGCUACGUGAUUCAUCUCGUAAGAUCUACAUGGGUGAUCCUAGCAGCGAAAGUUUCGUCGUGUACGAAGACAAGAAGGCUUGCCCUUUGAUCAGGCUGGCUGUCAGAGGUAUCUACAACAAUGGCGAGUCGGGAUUGGUGUCACCGUUUCCACCUGCUGGGGCCAAAGGUAUCUUUGAUCUUAUGAGGUAUUUCAAUGCGGAUCCUGCUGAGAUGUCUGAUGAUGAAGAUACCAUGAUGUCUGAAGACGAAGCUAUAUGGAAUUUCUGGAUAGGAUAUGGCAACCGUUGUUACCUGCUGGAAUCUGCUGGAGAAAUAUUGAUCAUCAUCAAGCUAAAAGAAGGCAUGGAGAUAUACAAGAUGGUCACAGACAAAUAUAUACUCGAGCAUGUGAAGGACAUUGGAAACCGUGCCAUCUUCCUAGGUGGGUACUGUAGGUGCAUGUCUGUUAAUGCUGAUAUGUUCCCAUCAGUUGACGCCAACUGCAUCUAUUACAUAAAAGGCGAAGAUUUCUCCGGAGGCAUCAGCAUGUACAACCUACUGCGCCGGAGAGAAAAAAGAAUCUCGAAAGGCAUACCUUAUGCUUCUCCCUACACAAUUAUCCAGCUCCUCUCUAGUAGCUUAACUGGAUGUUAGGCUUCCAUUGCUGAUGAUGG